GACUUGUUUCGUUACCAUAUUUGAAUGAGUGUCGAACGUAGUGUCCUGAAGAAACGUCUAGAGCGCAGGCUUGACCGUUUAACUAGAAGCUGUCAACAUGCAACUCAGGAGCUAUCAUUUCUUCUUAGAGAUUUCACAAAGUAUAUUGAGCGGCAUAUUGAUAAUUCCCCAUCGGAUUUUUCUACUAGUGAUAGGAUGUCAAAUAUGGUCUUAGUAUCCGAAAUAAUAAUUGAAGAUCUACUUGAUCUAUUGUCUAAGUAUCACCAUGCAUCAGAGAGCAUCCUGAAGACGUGCACGCAAGCGCACCAAACAAUUGAUUCUUCAGAUAUCAGCUCACUGUGUAAUUAUGACCUCACCAAAGAUUCUGUUGGAAAGUGCUUGGAUCAACCGCUUGACGAAAAAUACUUCAUAGAACAUUUAUAUAGCCGUACGCGACUCCUUUACAUGCUAGAAACAAGCUUUGAAUUGCAGGAAACCGGUCUUAUAUCUCAAAUUUCGUAUCUGAAAGGGAUAUGUACAACAAGGGGAGAAAUAUCACCAGAUAUCACCGAAGAAUAUUUAAGGGAGCUAGAAGUAGAAUGUACCAAAUUAGCCUCAGAAUUAGCUACUUUAAAUCAGCUGGAGGUUAUUCAAGUUCAAUCAAGAAAUAAAUUGGUUGAAAAGCAGAACCAAUUAAAACAUAUGAAUGAUGUUGAAGGGAUUCUUCGUCAAGAAAAUUCAUGGUUAAGAUUUUUGACAAAUAUAGUUGAUUUAGAACAUGAUUCUUGUAAACAAGCCUUAAAAGAAUUGAUUUCUAUUUCCCAAUCACUUCAUACUCUCAAGGAUUAUAGUGUCCAGCUUCUUGAGAAAUCAGCAAGCUUAUAUCAAUCAGACGAUCUGAUAGAAUGUGAUGAAUCAGUUAGGAAUGAUGUCUCAAAACAUUUCGAAGAUGCUGUUAUUCAUCUGCUACUAACCUCCCCAUUGCCAUCUGAGCUUUCUGAAAAGCUUAAAACAACCGAAAAUCGUUCAGAAACCAUCCUUGAUAUUCUACGUUCUCUAAAAUCUAGGUUGGUAUCAUCCCAAGAUUCCAUUAAGAUUGAAUCAGAGCAACUGGAUAAAUAUAUACAGCAAAUUCGUAAACAAUUACUUGGUUUGAAAGAAACAUUCGACCUUCCGGAUUCACUUAUUUCAUGCGAUACACCUCAUCUUGAACAACUGAAUCCCGAUCGUAUUCGUUUUUCUUGGAGAGGUCUUUGUUCUACAGAACUUACAGAUUUAUUCGUUAAUACUUGUAAAGAUAUAAAUGGUUUAGUUGAACAAUUGGAUCGCCUGGAACUGGAAGCAGAUAUUACUUUUCCUCAUAUAUAGUUGUCUUAUGUAUAGAUUUACUUGUGUACGAAAUAAAACAAGCUUUUUCAUCCCA